AUGCCUCGCAAUGCCGGCGCGGUACCGUCCCUGCGCAAGGGGCCCAACUGGUCCUCUCACUUACGUCAGUUCAGCCGAAGCAGCCUCGAACCGCCCUCCGCGACAUCGUCUGUCGACUCGCCCCGAUCCCCCGAUACCGUCUCCAGUGCCUCGACCAUCCGCGGCGACAACUCGUCCAGCUCCGUGAAGCAGCGCCGUCUCGAGCGGAGGUGCACCGUUGGCGUCAACGAGGGAUACUCGCGCGACGAGGUGCUCCUGAGCCCGGAGGUGAUCAAGGGCGAUGUCAGACCCGGGAGCCUCGUGGCCAUCACUGUGAUCAAGACCGAGGGCGAUAAGACUGCGACAAAGGACCAUGCGACGACGCGAGGCGGGAAUGCUGCGAAUAACACUGGCGCGGGAGCGGGGCAGGGCGAUGCGGCGCCUGAAGGGGCGACGCUGGGGAAAAAAUACUUUUGCGUCGCAAAGGAGAUGUCCAAGGAGCUCAAGAGCCGACUGCCCAACGUCGACAUAUAUGUCGUCAAGCAUAUCGCAGACGCCUUUGGCAUGAAGAAGGGCACGCAGGUGCUCUUGACACCGGUGGAUGCCGAUAAUCCUGCGACGGCCGCCUCGCACGUAGAGCUCUCGUUCAAAGACCAGUACCUCUCGCGAUCCGAUAUGUGGCGGCUGGCUAUUGGCGAACUCACAGAAAGGACGGUCUACAAGGGCCAGUCGAUAUUGUUCAUGGGCACGAUAAAAGCGCAGGUCACGGCGGUAUUCGUGGACGGGCGAAAGACACACUCGGCCUUCUUCACGAGGAAUACGAGGCCCAUCUUCCGGAGCGAGUCGGCGAGAUACGUGCUGUUCAUACAGAUGGCGCGGGAGAUGUGGGAUUUCGACUCGGAGGGAUCCGGCGAGAUCCUUUUCAACAAGGUUGUCAACGGCUUCCUGCCGGCGCUGUUCAAGAAAUGGGCCAAGCUCAAGGCCAAGCACCUUGUGAGCAUCGUGCUCUUUGCGAGGGUGGAAUACGACACGGGCCUGACGACGGAGCUGGCGAGUAGCACGCUGCAUGGGGACUAUUACACUGGCGUGCAAAUAUCAGGCGAUCGCAGGCCCUACAAAGACUUUUACCGUGUCGUCGUCAGCGAGAUGGCGAGCGGGGAGUGGACCACGAUCCUUAAUCAGCUGAAGCGGGAGUUCAACUUCUUCCGGCGGGACAUUAGCCUACAUCACCAAAAGGCCAACAGCGCAUUUGUGCCGCUGGCCGAGGAGAAUGGCGGUAAGGGCAUCGCGUCAAACCGUGUCAAGGCCGAGUCUUCGCUGGCCAUGUAUGGUAACUUCCUCGAGGCCAUCAACCUCGCCUCAUCCCAGUUCGCGCAUGACUACGUUGAUCGCGACCUCAUGCGGACGGGUAUCUCCAUCGUCGUCAUCAGCCCCGGUCCCGGCGUCUUCGAGGUCGAAUACGAGUCUUUGCGCCGGACCACCGAGGCCCUCGUCGGAAACGGCAUCGGCAUCGACCUCAUCUGCGUGCCAAAGAUGCCGCUCCACUCCGUCCCCCUAUUUCGCUACCGCAACCCGCAGACCUCGGAGGGGUCUCACGGCCUAUCGAGAUCGAGGUCCGUACGCAGCCGUGAGAGCACGCCGAAGCAGCAGGCCACGCCCAUUAUCGGCAGCUACCAGUCGCUGUCCGAGUCGCUGUCACCGACAAAGGGCCUGGAGCUCGCCCACCGCAUCGACAAGCUCGCGAACCCGCAAGAUGAAUGGUCUUACGCGGUGCCCCAAUGGCUACACGUCUCCUACUGGACCGGGACAUCCGAAGAGGCGCUGUCGUAUCAAGGCAUCGCGCUCUCGGUGUCCGAGGACAAGGAGGGUCAGGAGAGCGAGGACUUUGCGAUCCGCGCAAGGAUGUACGACCUGCAGAUGCGCAGCGUCUUAGAGACGAACGAGAUCGAGACGACACCGCUGCAGGCCGAUCCGCUGUUCCCCGUGACGACAACUGAGUCUAAGAGCUCGCUGCGAUCGCGGCUCAGCGGCACGGACGAGAUCGCCAUGAUACCCCUGAAGCGCCACCAGGACACGCUCGUGGACCACGUCUACGGGUUCCAAAAGUUCAUGCCUGACAGGCUCGUAAAGCCGGGCGAGAAAUCGCUGUGGAAGCAGCUGCAGGAGUACGACGAGACGAGGGCGAGGUUGCCGAGAUCGCGGCGCCCGGCGCAGGCAAGAGCGUCACGAGACCUAGAGGAGACGACUAGGCGGCAGCUGAUGGAGGACGCGGGGCUCUUCGGGACGUCGUUGCCCGAGAAGAGGAUUGUGCCGAACCAAAGCCUCGCGGCGGUCACGGCGGGGCGCAAGUUGUCGGUCAACAUUGUCGAUAGCGAAAAGGCGGAGAUUACGUCAUCUUCUACUUCUUCAUCGACGACCCCUGAUUCUCACAGCGUGGUGGGUAAGAUGUCUGUGGCAUCGCCGUCCAAGCCUCCCAGGUUUAUGCGGCAGAUCAGCCUCGGCCUGCGGGGCUUCGGCAUCGCGGCGCCCAAGGUGGUAGCAGCGGAGGCGAGCUUCGAGACGGUCAAGGCAUCGACGGAACAGAGCGUGACGAGCCCUACGAUGCCGCUGGUCAUGUCGACGAUGCCGCGCCCGUCGUCGCCGCAGGUCAUCAAGCCGACGACGUCAAUGUCCUCGUUCUCGCCGCAGCUCUUCCGGUCGGAUUCGCGGGAUACCCUCAAAGAUCUGGGCUCGACGCCCAGUAUACCCAUCAACAUGAAGUCCUCCUCACGCAGGGGCGAGAGCUCGAUCGGCCAGCAGCAUAGGUACGGGACCGUCCUGCCGUCGUCGCUGGCGCGCAAGGACCAUUUCCGUGAAGACCCCGACCAGAGGAACUCUCACGUGUUCAGGGCAGAGGAGGACAACCAGAAAAUGUUCAAUAGUAAGCUGCGCGCUGGUGCUAUGCCCGAGCUGCCGUCUACGUUGUCGCCUACCACGGCCAUCUCGCCUUGGCUCACGGUGCUGAACCCGUCGAACCCGGACAGGAACAAGGUGGAUGACACGGUGCUCUACAGCCGGUGGCAGCAUGUGUUCCCCCGGACUUCGGAAAUGAAGGUUAUGAAGUGGAAGGCCCUGUGCUGUCCGGCCGCCGUGCCGCUCACGACCGAGUACUUUCCCUCAAAAUCACAGUUCGACACGGAGUAUCAGAGACAGCCGUAUGUCAUUGCGCAGAACGCCGACGACGAGCUUACGGAAGAGCCGAAAUCAAGAGAGGAGUUCUUACGUGAACUAAUCAGCCUCCGUUUCUCACAAGGGUUCCAAGUGGUUAUUGGUCCAUCUGUCGCCAAGGCGUUUGGGCAGAAGAUGCUGCGGAUCGCCGACAUCUUCUCCCGCGACCAGGCGAUGGAGGACGGCACGAGCAUCUUCUUGUCGGUGGGCAACACGAUACACCAACUUUCGUGUGUUAAUGGCACGGAAGUGGAGGUGAAUAUCUACAUACGCAAACCGGCGGAGCUGACGGUUGGGAACUCCAACUCCGGCCCGCUGUAUAGGCCAGCGAUUCGCACGUUGAUGGAAAGCGGGUAUCGGACGCAGGAGGUUGACAUCUCUACGCCGAAACCCGAGAGGAACUGGAACUACAUUGACUCGUAUCUCGCGGGCCACCAUGACGAGAUGACGGAAAAUCUGCGGUUCUGGAGGACGCGAUUCGUGCUCAUCCCGAUGGUGUCGCGGUCGUCGGCAGUGCCUAGGAAUCAAGCCGGCGACAACGCCGAGGAGGUGCGGUUAGAAGGUAUCAGACGACUGUCGCUGUCGUGGCAAAAGUACCGGUACAUCCCACCAUUUGAGAGGAGAUACCAGACGGCAAAGUCGAAGCGCGAUCCCAACCCCCUGGACAUUGUGUACAAGACGGAAGACCCAUCCGUCGUCAUCGCGGCCGAGCUUGACAACUUACCACUGGUAGAGGGCCUGGGCGAGAACCGCAAGGGACAGCUCAUCACGAGCCGGGAACACUUUCGCAAAUCCAACCUCAACCUCUCGGCGCUGGCCGAGGCGAUCCAGCAGCCCGUCGAGAACGGCGGCGUCAAGCUGCAGAAUCGAAGGUGGCAUCUGCGGCUGCACUACAACUGCUUCAUCGGCUCCGACAUGACGACAUGGCUCAUGGAUAACUUUGAGGACCUGGACAGCCGCGAGGAGGCGGAGCAGCUGGGCAACAUGCUCAUGGUCAAGACGUACGACCGGCCGUCGGACGACAAGAAGGACCGCGGCGGGUUGUUUGAGCACGUCGAGCGCCGGCACGUGUUUAGGGAUGGUCAGUACUUUUACACCGUUGCUACCGAGUACGCGAAGCCACACCCGCCGGGCUGGUUCAACUCGCGCCGGGGUCGCGACGUCUCCGUGCCCUCGACGCCCAUGUCGGAGAACGUACCACGCGACUCGCCGCGGCCGGGUAUGAUUUCCAGGCCGACGUCGAUUAACGAGGAGAACUCGCCCAUCUCGGGCGCCACCACGCCGACGGCGUACUCCGUCAUGUUCAACAACAAGAAGGUACCCAAGGUCUGCCUCAGUAAAGUCAUAAAGUACGACGUGGACCACCGCAAGCGAUCAUACCGGCCCGAGCGUGUUGACCUACACUACGACCGACUCCAUAACCCAGACAACUGCUACCACAUCCGCAUCGACUGGAUGAACGUCACAGCAAAACUCAUCGAGGACGUAGUCGAAGGCUGGGCGCGCGAAGCAGCGACGUACGGCCUGCGACUCGUCGAGGUACCCAUCAAAGAAGCCUGCUCCAUCACGGAAGUCAACCCCUUCCGGCGGCCCUACCUCAUCAAGCUGUCCGUGCCGCCGCCGAGCCAGCAGCCGGUGACGUACUACGAGCCCAACUCGUUCUCGCCGCAGACGGCACCCGGGAAACACUUUUACCAAAAGGUGCUGAUGCGGAAAUUUGAUUUUGUGCUCGACAUGGAGGCCGCAUCGAAUUUCCCGCGCGAUGUGGAGGUGAGUUACUCGUGGGGAAGGCCGGAUUUCAAGUAUUCGCAGUAUAUCCACCGGUCCGGGGUGUUGUUGGCGGAGAUCACGGACGAGGGGCAUUUCUUGGUGCUGGCGAAUAGGCUUUUUAGUAAUCGGGCCUGGGCGGCGCGGGAUAAGGAACUCAAAGAUAUGAGGGAGGCGAAUAGUGCCGGUGGAGGUGCCAACAAUGUUGUCGAGCGCGGGGGCAGGAUUAUACCGGUGGGCUCGUACACGCCCUUUGGGAUCCCGGAGCCGACGCCGAUGAGCAGUCCGAUGGUGAAGCCCGUUUUCUAUGCGGGUGGCGGUGGGUCACCUGCGGUGAGGGCUUCGGAUAUGAGAGCGAGUUCCAGCGCGUCUGGGGGACCUUUUAGUUCUACGACGGCCAACACGACGGCCGCGGUGGAUCCGAUCCCGAUCCUCACGGAGCUCGAGGCCUUUUGCAACGACGGCGCCGGGUUGGAGGCUUUCUACAGGGAGACGUUGGAGCGCGGACCGCCGCAGGCUAUGACUACGCCGGGGGCGAUGAGACCUACUGUUGUUGGGCUUGAGGCUGUGCCGGAGGCGAGUAUUCCGAUGUUGGGGCUGCCUGCUGGUGUUCUUGGGGAUUUGCAUUCCGGGGGAGGUGGUGGGAUGAUGGGUGGUGUUUAUGGUGGGAGUGGAGGUGGAGGACCGGAAGGGCUUCGGGGGUUGCAUAUUGGUGGUGGGAGCCCGAGUCCCGGGCCGAGGAGCUUGAUGAGUAGUCCGGCGGCGGGGAUGCAAUUUUUGAGGAGGGCGAGUGUGCAGGAUGGGCUUGGGUUGGGGGGUGGGGGCCCUAGGAGGGAGGUUAGGGAGAGGGAGAGGGAGUGA